GCCGUCACCGCUGUUUGAAGUCGGACAGGUUCGCAGACGCUUUCGUCAAUUGUUUACAAAUAACAACUGUCAGAAACUCGCCAUACAGUUACGAAUGUUUUUUUCCCUCCACAAAAUGGAACGGUGAAACAUAAGUAUUGGGGUUUAAGAGAUAUUCUCUCUCUGAGAUCAAGCCCAGCAGGCGCGUGGUAUCACGUCAGCACAGGUCCCCAUGGCAGAGGAAGCCACUAAGCUGACACUGAGGCGCCUGGAGGCCCCCAUACACAAGUUCAUUAAAGUGGCUCUACCCACCGACCUGGAGAGGCUGCAGAAACACCACAACAACAUACUGAAGUAUCAACAAAGCCAGCAAUGGGACCGCCUUCAUCAAGAGCACAUAAAUGCCAGCCGUACUGUUCAGCAGCUGCGGGCAAACAUCCGAGAGAUGGAGAAGCUGUGCAGCCGCGUCCGCACGGAAGACGCCACAGCUCUAGAGAGGCUCGUUACGCCGGUCAAGGACAGGGCGUCGGCCGCCACACGAGACUUCCUGCAGCUGCACUCCAAUCCCGCACCUCAGCCUGCACCGCCUUCGCCGUCACCCGAUGCCCGGCCGUCGUCCGGCAGUUGCGAGUCGAGCAGUUUAUGUGCUGAUGAUGAGGCAGAGGAGCCCGUUUGUGGAUGGCAAGUUCAGUCUCAACUACCAGAGAUCCCUGCAGAAGAAAAUGCUGCUGAGUCCUGGGAGAACCUGGAGGAGGAUUUGAAGGAGCUGAGUGGUCUGGUGACAACCUUCUCAGUGCUCGUCCACUCCCAGCAGGAGAAGAUUGACAGCAUCGAGGACAACGUCAACACAGCCGCUGCCAACGUGGAGGAGGGGACCAAGAGCCUGGGGAAGGCAGUGGGCUACAAAUUGGCGGUGCUGCCGUUGGCCGGGGCUUUACUGGGCGGGGUUUUAGGGGGUCCGCUGGGCCUGCUGGCCGGGUUCAAAGCCGCAGGUGUGGCCGCCGCCGUUGGAGGUGGCGCCCUGGGCUUUGCGGGAGGCAACCUGGUCCAGAAGCACCGCAAAGGCCUACUGGAACUGCAGAUGAAACAGCUGACAGCACCGCCACCGCUGGAGGCGGGGUCGGGCGAGGACGAGGACAAGUGAUGCGGCGCGGACAACACCGCCCUCUUUAUGCCUGACGCCUGACUCGUAAGCAGAGCUGUAAAGCUGUUAUGUAAAAGCAGCCUGAAAACACAAAACACUGUGAAAAGAGUUUCCGUCAGGAUGGGAAUCCAUUUAUUUAGGACGCGUGUAACCCAACUUUUUAAUGAGGUUGCGUCACACUGACAUACAGUAUUUGUGUGCUCAUAUUCAGCAUAAAACAGAGGCGCCAUCAUCUUCCACGCUGUCUGCCGACUGUACGUUCUUUGGAAUGAGUGACUGGCCACAACAUUUACACAGCAUAAUGAAAUUCCAUACAAGAGCCGAUUAUUUUAAUGACCGCAAUGCACAAACCUCAGCCCAGUGCAGCAAUUCGCUCUACGUGUGCCAUCACUUUGUUAUACAACGCUGUGUUGCCUCAUUCGUUCUGUCCGUUCGUUUCAGUUGUGUUAAUUAAUUAAUAACUGGCAGGAGGAGCAAUCACAUUCCACGUAAUGUGGCCACGCUUGACACCAUUUCUUCAGACUUGGAUUAGUUCAAGUCUUUAUAUUUAUUAAAGAAAACAAUAUAUAUAAUAAUAUUAAAGAAACAAUAUUUACCUCCUAUUUUCUGACCAAAGAAGGUAACGAAAACAGCUCUUUGUAGAUUAUAUUGAGUGUUUUUGUGUACUGCUGUUAUGCAAGGUAGAGCUUAUCGUUAAUAACUGGUGGGAGGAGCGAUCACAUUCAUCAUGACGUGUCUUUGUUGCACUCGCAUGUGCCCUUGCUUCUGCGAGAUUAUUUCACGUCAGGAGGAUUAUUAUUUCAUGCCUUAAUAUUUAUUUUUGUGACGCACGGUGGAAGUUUUUAUUAGUAACUGGCAGGAGGAGUGCUCACACUAAUUAUAAUGUGGCUGCACAUGACAGAGCGUACCAUGCAAGGUAGAGCUUGUCGUUAAUAACUGGUGGGAGGAGCGAUUGCACACAUCUUGGUUACACUCGCAUGCGCCCGUGUGUCAGCGAGCAUACUUUAGGACUACAAAUGAUUUCAAGUUUCUAUUUAUUUUUGUAAAGCAAGGUGGCGGAUAUCAUGAAUACCUGGCGGGAGGAGUGAUGACACUGAUUGUGUGACUUAACCAGAUUGUGCAUUUGCCCGAGCAUGAUCAAAGUUACGGUUGACUUUGACUUUAUGGAUUAUUUACCUUUAGGUUCAUUUGCGUUGUGCAAAAUGGUGCUUAUGAUUAAUAACUGGCGGGAGGAGGGACAACAUUAAUUUCAUGACUCGACUAUCCCCCUGUGUGAGUUAGUAUACGGUUGGCUUUGACUUUGUGGAUUGUUUCUAUUUCUGUCCAGAAAUACCAGAGCUCUGUUGGCUUUACAAUACAAGUCAAAAGAAUAUCAGCAAAUGUAGCUCGAAGAAUAUUAGCAAACGUCGCUGACUCCACAGCUUGUGCUGUCUGGUAUUUCUGUCAGUAUCACCAAUGACUGGCGGGAGGCUUGAUGACAUUCAUUUUAUGACUCGACCAGAUUGCGUAUGUGCCCGUGCAUGAGCAAGUUUAAAGUUGGUUUUGACUUUAUGGAUUAUUCCAGUCUGUGUAUUUGCGUUAUGUAAAAUGGUGGUUAUCAUCAACUACUGGGGGGAGGAGCGAGAACAUUAAUUUUAUGACUCGACUACGUGCUCCUGUGGUUGGCUUUUUACUUUAUGGAUUAUUGCAGUCUUUCUGUUCAUUUGUGUUAUGUAAAAUAGUGGUUAUCAUCAAUAACUGGCAGGUGGAGCGACAUUAAUUUUAUUAGUCGACUAUGCGUCCCUGUGUGAGUAAGCUUACAGUUGGCUUUUGACUUUAUGGAUUAUUCCAGUCUUUCUGUGUAUUUGUGUUAUGUAAAAUGGUGGUUGGUUAUCAUGAAUAACUGGCAGCAGGAGCGACAUUUGUUUUAUGACUCCACUACAUGCUCCUGUGUUUGGCUACGACUUCAUGGACGAUUCCAGUCCUUCUAUUCAUUCGCGUUAUGUAAAAAAAGUGGUUGUCAGUAACUGGCGGGAGGAGCGACUUUCAUUUUCCACCUCGACUAUGUGCUCCUGUGGUUGGCUUUGACUUUAUGGAUUUGUGUAUUUGCGUUAUGUAAAAUGGUGGUUAUCAUCAAUAACUGGCGGGAGGAGCGACAACAAUUUAAUGACUGAAUAACUGCCCCCAUGUGAGUAAGCAUACGGUUGCUUGGACUUAGUUAACUAUGUUUUUAUUUCUCUAUAGCAAGGUAAUAACUAGCGGGACAGCAGUUUAUCAAAACAUUCAUUGCAAAAUAAGGUAAUGAAAACAGCUGUCUGUAGAUUGUAUUGAAUGUUUCUAUGCUUUAUCGAUACAGCUCUUAUUGGAUCAUUAGUGUGUGCGGGUGUACCCGAUGUGCAGUGAGUACAAAUAGUGUUUUGUUGUCCCACGAUGAGAAACCACUCUGACUAUAUUGUAUUAAAAUACACUGUGCUAUAAUAUUGCUGUAUUGUAUAUUUACGUGAAACACACCAAAGUGCCAAUUUGUUGGUCACUGAUGUGUUAAAUAAACUCUAUAGUUCCAA